AUGUCUAUUUGGACUGCAUCAUGCUUGUUUUAUGGAAUUUACGCGGUAGUUGAUGAACUUUCAAUCGCCCUAAUAAUUCAACCACUUGCAUAUGGAAGAAAAGUUGUAUGUGGUAUUUCGUUGAUAUUUUUAACAAUUGACAUACUUGGAUUUGGUCUUUCUGCAUUAAGUCUAGCUUUUAAUCCACCUCCAUUUGAUAUAUUUGCUGCAUUAUAUUAUCUUUCUGCAAUCACACAAGAGAAUAAUACCAUAAGUAAUGAAAAAUUGGUGAUUACGAUUGAUGACAGAAAUAAUAAUAACUAUAGUAAUGAAGAAUUGCAGAUAACAAUUGAUGACAGAAGUAAUAAUAGUCAUAGUAGUUGA